UUUGAAAUAUAUCUGGUUAUCGUAUCUAGUCGGUUCUUCUUGGGUAUUGAAAACAUGUCUGAUAAGUUCAGAAAAAGGCCUUCUUUUACUAAAGAAAAAGCAGAUAUAUUAAAAAAGACCUUAGCUCAAUUUGACGAAGGAAUAACAGUUGAUCCUCUUACAUUGGAAGAGAGCACUGAUGCUACAUCAAUAAAGGAUCGUACAUUUCUUCUUCAUGUUCUAAUAGAAACACUUUGUUAUAUUUUGGAAAAAGAUGAUUAUAGGAGGAAGAAGUUAUUUAAUAGUUUAUACAAGAGUUUUGAAGCAAAUAAGUUGGUAGAUUCUGUAAUAGAUGUAGACAAUUUAGCACGAAUGAGAAGGCAUGUAGCAUUGAGAUUUUAUGAACAUAUAAAGCAGGUUCACCAGAGUAUAGGUCCUCUUUCAAAUGAAUUAACCUAUGAAGAAGAGGAGAGCUGUAUUCCGAUUUCAAAAAUUGAAAAAUACAAUGAAGCAUUUGAUGAAUUGGAGGUUAUAGCUCGUGGAGGAUUUGGUGUAGUUUGUAAGGCUAGGCAUAAAGUGGAUGGUGGAACUUAUGCUGUCAAAAAAAUUAUUUUUGAAUAUCGCAAAGACUCGGACUAUGUCAAGGUGAUGCGUGAAGUGAGAAACUUGUCUAGUUUGAGUAAUAAAUAUGUUGUGGCCUACAACAAUGCUUGGGUGCAACCUGUGGAUGAACCAUGUGAUUUGAGCUCUGAGGAACUGGAUUCAGAAAGUGAUUACACUGAUGAUGAGUUUACAGAUAACGAUACCACUUAUGAUCAAUCUAUAGAUUCCAAAAAUGCUCCUUUUUCUGCACAUUCUUAUAGAAUACAAAAAGUCUCCACUUGCAGUGAAUCUAGUAGUAUUAUAUUUCAAGAUGAUACAAAUGACUCUAAAUCCAGCUCCAGCAAUCAAAGCAAAUCAUUUUUAGCCAACUGUUCUUCAAAAAAUGAAGAAUCUCCACCCAAGUGCAAUUUUCCUAUCUUGAGAAUCAAGAUGAUGCUGUGUAUUCAAAUGGAAUUCUGUGAUUACGAUCUUCGUCAGUGGCUUGAUGCAAGAAAUGAAGGUGGUACUCUUCCUUUUAUCAAAAGUGUUCCAGAUAUAUUUAAAGAAAUUCUUUGUGGAGUAGCAUAUAUUCACGAAAAGCAAAUCAUUCAUAGAGAUCUGAAACCUCAAAAUAUAUUUUUCUCAAAAUCCAAAGGUGUUAUGAAAGUUGGCGACUUUGGGUUGGCUACUUUAUGCCACACUUCAUCAGACGAAGAAGAAAGUAGUUCAAAUCAUAGUACAAAUCUGGGAACUUUACCUUACGCUGCUCCAGAACAAAGAAGCAAUUCAGUUUAUGAUUCCAAGGUGGACAUGUACAGCUUGGGGAUCAUUCUGAUUGAACUUCUAGUUAAAAUUGGAACCAAAAUGGAGUUCUUUAAAAUAAUUGAUAAUUUUAAGCAAAAUGUCAUACCAGAAGAAAUUGAGCAGAAAUGGCCUGAAUAUAUACCACUGUUGAAAAACCUCCUUCAAGAAGAUCAUACUUCUAGAAAAGAUGCCAAAGAAAUCCUGAAUAUGCCACUAUUUAAGGAAAAAAUUGAGGGAAGUAAUCUUGAACAAAAAGUGAAAGAACUGGAGAGAGAGUUAGCCAAUAAAGAACAGGAAUUUCAAGAACGGGAGAAGGCACUGACACAAAAGCUACAUGAGCAAGAGCAAGUGAUGGAGCAAAGACUCCAAGAACAAAGGUGGGCAAUGGAGCAAAAAUUCCAGGAGCAAAAGCGGGAAAUAGAAGAAGCAUUAGUCAACAAAGAACGUCUUUUUCAGCAGAUUUCAGAGGAAGUGAAGUUGUUAAAAGAGCACAUGGACAGACUACAGUGAAGUCUGAAACAUCCAAGUUCCCAUUUUUAUUUUAUUUUAGACAAUGCUGUGAUAUUUAAAUGAUUUUAAUAAAGACGAUUUUUUUAAAAAUCAUUUUGUAUUAAAGAG